CUUCAGCGCUAAGCACUGUUUACCUGCUGCUUAAGACAUAGCAGACUGUGACAAAAGGACACCAUUCGGAACGCGGUUUGUUUGUAUUUUAACUGUGUUUUCUUCGUUUUCUUUGUUCUGUUUCGUUCUUGGUUUUCUAAUAUUUACUCUAAAACAGUUUCUGUUUGUUCGUCUAUUUUAGCACAUAUAGCAUUACGUGAGUGUGUACUGCUACUAAAUACAACCGAAAAUCUGUUUAUCCACACAUUCUUCGCAUUUAACACUUUCCGCGGUUCCUUUCUUUUUUCACUUCUUUCUUCGUUCUGGUUAACGAAUUCAAAACUGGUUUAAUUGCCAUUAUACGACUCAUUUUUCAUAAACGAAUUGCUCUCACGUAAUUUAGGAUGGAAAGAGCAGAAAAUGCACGUAUUAUCCAGAAGCCUAUGACCCGACGUACGGUCGACUAUGGUUCUGGUGUGUCAAAAUAUGUUACGGACAGACUAGUUCGGUGUAAUCCCUAUCACAUUGUUCGCCCCCGUCCAAACGCGAACCAGAUUAUCAAUCUGUAUCCUCCAUACGAGUAUCCCUUUGACAGUGCUGCAACUUUCUGUACAAAAUACAUCCAUACGUCUGCAAACAAAGCGAGACAUGUCAUUAACGUCGUCCGCUGGACUCCAGAUGGUCGUCGUUUGCUUACGGGAUCGUCCACAGGUGAGUUUACUUUGUGGAACGGUCUUACAUUUAACUUCGAGUUAAUUAACCAAAGUCAUGACUAUGCCGUUCGCUGCGCAGAAUGGAGCAAUGAUGGACGCUGGCUUCUUUCUGGUGACGGAGGCGGAAUGGUCAAGUACUUUGAGCCAAAUCUCAAUAACGUAAAAAUUGUUCAGGCACACGAAAUGGAAGUCCGUGACCUGGCCUUCUCACCCAACGAUAGUAAAUUCGUUACCGCGAGUGAUGAUGGCAGUCUUAAGGUAUGGAACUUCCACACCAGUGCGGAAGAACAAAAGCUUACCGGGCACGGCUGGGAUGUGAAAACGGUAGACUGGCAUCCAUCAAAAGGCCUGCUCGUUUCUGGUUCCAAAGACAAUCUUGUCAAGUUUUGGGACCCGAGAACGGGCACGUGUCUUGCUACCCUUCAUGGACAUAAAAAUACAAUUAUGCAAGCUUCCUUUCAACGCGAUACUCGAAACAAUCUUAUUGCGACUGUUUCCCGCGAUUCUACUUGCAGAAUUUUUGACCUUCGCACGAUGAAAAGUAUUCGUGUACUGAGAGGUCACGAUAAAGAUAUUAACUGUUUGGCUUGGCAUCCGACAAACCCGAAUAUCGUAACUACAGGUGGUUCUGAUGGCAGCGUAAAUCACUACUCUCUCGAUGAACCUCCUUUGCUUUCUCAAAAAUGGUACCAUGACCGUCAUCCUCAGGUUACGCUUUCCGCUUCAACUACACUUCUAUAUCCGUCAGCCAGUAUUCCCCAUGCGCAUGAACUUGGUUUAUGGAGCAUGCAAUAUCAUCCUUUGGGGCACAUUUUGUGUACCGGUUCCAACGACAAAACUACCCGUUUCUGGUCUCGCUCCCGCCCAGAGGAUGAAGAGUCGUACUUGGAUCGGCAUCAUCUCGGCGAAGAACAGUCAGAGGUUGUUUUGGGUAAACGGAAACAGCCUUCCAACAACGAAGAAGAAGACCAGGAGUCAAUGGAUGGACGUUCGCGUGCUGUGUCUCCUGCUGUAUCGGCUAUGGGUGCCCAACCCGCAGGGUUGCCACAGCUUCCUGGUUUAGGACAGAUGGGAACACAGCAAGGUCCCACAGAGUCUAACGUUUACGAUUACUCCAAUGGCCAUUCCUCUUCACAAGCACAAUACCUUCCCGGCUUGGGUUUUCACAACCGUCAUCGUGGUGAGCGAUAGGUAAAUAAUCUCGUGCCUGUCAAUUUUCAUAUCCUUGUUUAAAACUUUCGUGUACAGGAUGCAGAAGACACACGUUUUUAGGAACAGUUUUUGUCUUCAAUCCCGUAUCUUCUUCGUGUACUGCUCAUAAUUCAUUCUCGACAUUCCCUUGUUUUUCCAAUCUCUUUUUUCACUCCCUUUAAAAAAAAUAUAGAUUUUUCAUACGGUUUUUCAGUUAAUGCUUAUGAACUGUGUACUAAACCCAUCUAUGAUAAUUGCCUACCUACCUGAUGCUUUCUGCCGCAAGGUCUAUAUAUGUUUCAUAAAUGGUGUUAAACUGCUGCAUGUUAGUCUCCUAGCCCGGGUUUCCACUAGACAGCCUAGUACCCAGGCAUAACCAAAAAAAACAGAAGAGA